CACAUUUGCAACGAGUGCGCUUAGUGUCGUCCACAGCUUGCCAUAGGACCGUGCGUGCUUGUGUCGCUUCCUCCUCACACUGUACAUCGGCAGUCAAAGUGUUCUCCUCAACUAUAUAUGGCAAUAGCUACCUUGGAUUUUAUCCAGCCCCGCAAUACUACGGGCUGGAAAGAGUGGCGGAGGAAUUGAUGGGCAGAAGAACAUGGAUGAGCUACCAAGACGUGAUGGUCGGGCAAGAGACUAAGAACAGCGAACCUCUCUGCGCCACAGCCAGUCGGCAGCCGCCUCUCAUCGCCACGACUCGAGAAGGAUCUCGCAGCCCAAUGGCCGGCGGAUGGUACAUGCGGCCCAGCUCGCCGGAGCCCCAGCCGCUAGACCUCAGCGCCAAGCCCCCCAAGCCGCCGCUCAGUCCCAACAAGGCCAUAUUUAAGGCGAAGCCUCGGCCUACUGCUGUUGGGACCAGGAGGAGCUACACGGAGGACGAGCUCCAAGCGGCACUUCGGGACAUCCAAAGCGGCAAACUGGGCACCCGGAGGGCUGCUGUCAUAUACGGGAUCCCCCGCUCGACUCUCAGGAACAAGGUCUACAAGAUCUCACAAGGUCCUCGCGACAUCGCAGGGAUAGAGGAGAGAGCCGAAGAUGAAGAAGAUGAAGACGACAACUCCGGAGCAGAAGAAGAACGGGAGACGGAGAAGGUGCUAAUGCGGCCUCUGCUUAGCGUCGAAGACGUCAUCCGUCUCACUUCGGAGGUGAGGUCUUGGCCUUGCCUCCAGCAGCUCCUCGGAGGGGCUUCCACCUCUUCGGAGGAGCCUCUUCGGGUACCGGUCUACAAGACACCCAAGAAUGGAGAAGAGCCCGUACCUGUACCCAAGGACCAACCCCUCGACUUCAGGAGAGAAGUGAGGAAUCACAAUAACAAUAACAGUAUAAACAAUAAUAAUCACCUCGAAGAGAAGAAGCAUUCCCCCGGCGGAGGCAACAAGCAGCAGUCCGGAGGGAAAGGGACUCGGCCGAAGAGAGGCAAGUACAGGAACUACGACAGGGACAGCCUGGUGGAGGCGGUACGCGCGGUGCAGCGCGGCGAGAUGUCGGUCCACCGAGCGGGCUCCUACUACGGGGUCCCGCACUCCACCCUCGAGUACAAGGUCAAGGAGCGGCACCUCAUGCGGCCCAGGAAGCGGGAGCCCAAGCCGCAGCCCGAGGAGAAGAGGAAGGAGGAAGAGAAGCGGGUCAUCGCCCCACCCCCGCCUCGGCCGCCGCAGGUCACCCCUCCGCUCUCCAACGGCCUCAAGAUGCAGCUCUUCGACCCGUCCAUGGCCUACCGGGGACCCUUCCCGCCCUACUGGCAGCCGCCGUUCCCCCCGAUCCUGGAGUUCGGGCGGCCGGACCUGUUCGCCCAGCAGCUGUCCACUACCGCGCCUCUCACCAAGACCACGCGGGAGAUCGCGGAGAGCCUGCUGGAGUCGGAGAACGGGAGCUUCCUGGAUGGGAUCAUCAGGUCGAGCCUGGACACGGGCCUUCCGGGGCAGCAGGAGCCGGGGAAGGUCCUGAUGGAGCAGCUGUCCAGGCCAGAGGCCAGCAAACCGCCGGCGGCCAGCCCACCGCCCGCUCCCAGGGAACCGUCCCCCAACAACAACUGCUGAGACGUCACACACUCCACACACGACUGAGUAUAUUCUCCCAUCUUUGGUGCUUCUUUAUAUGUAUUGUGCAAAAUUUCGUAGCUUAAAAGCUUUGAAAAAUUCUAGUCCUUAAAAAAUUUGUACAAAUUGAAAUCUUUUUGUCUUAUUAGUGAUUUGAUUGCUGAAUUGGUUUGCCCUUGUACAUACCGUUGAGUACAUGGUUUCUAAUUUUUAUUUUUAAAAAAAAGUGAAAUAUUUCGAUGUAUUUUUGUGCAAAUAACACAAAUCCACGACUCCUUCUGUUAUGUAAUUAUUUUUUCUUACAUUGCUUUGAAACUGUAGAUACGAUGAAGGGCGAAUAGUUCUCAAGUGGUCAAUAUUUUUUACCGAAAUUCUGAACACUUUUUAUAACACUGUUGAUUAUAUUUUAUUACAUCAAGUGCUAACUGCCCGUUUCAAUGUCGAAGCCCGUUAAAGAUUAUAUAACUUGUGAAGGGAUUUUCUCAUAUUAUCAACAAUUUAUGUCGUAAAUAUACAUAUAUCUAUAUUUAAAUACGUAAUAUUCGUGUUUUGAUGUUAUUCACAUAUUUGAUGAUUUUAUCUUGUAAAAACUCUAUUUAUCUAUUAUUCGAUGUUCCAAAUUUUAAAUAUGUGUAUCUUUAAGCUGUGCUCAUUGUGCAUUUUACAUAGAGAUGUUUGGGGAUUGUUAGCGUAUAUCUGUGUUUUCGACUAUAUUAUGAAAAAAAUUAUUUUGUUAUAAAAAAAAAAUAUUGAUGAUCUUUUUUGUCCUUUACGUUGAAAAGCUAAUUAAAAAACGAAAAAGAAGAUAAAAUGAAAAAAAUAUUGCAGCUUCAGCUUUGUAUCUAUAUUGCGUCCUUCUUUGUCGGUAAAAUAGUUGAACCAAAGUAAGACAGAACUGGAGGAGACGAGCAAGGUCCAACACCAGGCAACAUAUGGCCUCAACACCCAAAGCUGUUCUCUCUUAGCAAAGGAGUCUCAUUAAUUUUAGAAUUUAUCUCGCGGGACGCCUUCAGCUUUUGAUUGAGAAGGAAAAAAAAAAACAUUUUCGACUAUCUGUGAUUCAGCCAAAUUUUUGAAUAUAUAUAUUUUGACUAUCGAUAUCUUUAAUGAUAAAAAAAAAUUAAACAAAAAAAAUUAUAUAUAUAUUUACCCUUUUGAAUUUUAGAAUUUUAGCGAAAAAGAUAAGUUACGAAGUGUGUUGCAGAAGAUGACUCUAGUUGUUGGCUUGUUAUUUCUUAGAAUAUUGUUAGAUUUUUGUACAUUGCCGUGGCACCUCGAAUGGCGUGCUCUGUAUUUAUGUACGUAGUAUAUUCGUUAUGGAACUUACAGAAAUGUUAACACUCGAAGAGGUGUGAACCCGAGGAAUAUGAUACCUCCGGCUGACGACGGACAUUCCUUAACAGUUUAAUCAUUCCAGAGAAUAAUUAUACAACAGUUAUGUCUUAGAUCGAGUAUCGAGCCUUGAUAUCGAUUUGAUUUGUUGAUGUUUGAAAUUAUUUUUUUUUUUUUUUAUUAAUUGUGCAAUUAAAUGUUCCGGUCCAAAAACUUGCCGGUUUCGAGGACAAUGUGAUACCGUGUGUUCGACUUUUCCAUUUAAUAGUGUUUUUAAAUGUUCCCCGUCCUAUUUUCUCAUCCUCAUUUUCCGAAAUAACAAAAAAAAAAAUAUUAUAUAUAUAUAUAAACAUAUGUUUAAAUAAUAUAUGAAUAUAUGCCGGUGUAUUUCAUGGUAUGAUUGUAUUAUAUAGUUGUUUAAAUGAGUUGUUGGAUGGUUUUUGUCGAUCGAAAACUUACUUUUGUAUUUAUUAUAUCAAUGUGUAUAGUUCAACUUUGCAUUGAUAAGUACUUUUGUGCCUGUUAUUGUUAUUUUAAGGUUAUAUUUCUACUUGUUUUGUAUUUUUAAAUACUCGAAAAUCGAGUAUAAAAAAAUUUAUCCGUUCUAAUAACUUCACAAUUCUCUUUAAAAUGUACGCUCUUGAUAUUCCAUGAUGUAAAAAAAUACAAAAAAAAAACUAACUUUGUUUAUUUUUGUGAAAAAAAAACUUUUUCAAAUAGACUUCAAACUGGAAAAGUUUUGACAAAAAAUGUCAAUAAAUUCCUCAUUGAAAUGUAUAAAUAUUUUGUACCAUAUAUUUUUGUAAGUAUAUUUAGAAUUAACAAUCAAAUACAUUUUGUGUUCAGCCAAUGCAUACCUGAAAGGCAAUUUUUUUUUUUUUUUUGUUUUGUUUCAAUAUUAAGUUGAUGUUAUCGUUUUAAUAUUUUUGUACUCUAGUAGGUUUUUAAUGUAUAUUAAAAUUUUUUAUUAAAUAUAAAUGAUAUAACGUAUUUUAGUUAUUUUAUGGUAGGUUUAUAUCCCAUCAUUGGGAGAGACUUGUUUUUGUAAAAGAUAUUGACUUAAAAGAAUCGAAAGCUCAUAAGUGAAAUUUGUAUGUACAUAUAUAUAUUAUAAUUAUUACCAUGUUUUCUUGGUAUUAAAAAAAAGAAACUUUAAAAAAAUACAAAAAAAAUGUGCAUAAGUUAGAUACUUAUUAGAUGUUAUAUCCAUGUCCAAAAUGUUUAAUUAAUGUUAAGGUAUGUGAUUUCUUCCUCGUUUGUGUUUCGAUUUUUAAAAAGUUGAGAUUUCAUUUUAUAUACACUGUUUUUUAAACCGGGCAAUAUAAAGUGCAUUAAAUGUGUUUUUGUUUAAUUUUUGUUGUUUGUUACAAAUUUAUUUUGUUGCACUUGUGCAUAGGAAAUGACUGAAAACGCCAUCACGUUCCUAUGUUCUGCCAGAAAGAAAUAAACAUGUUGCUUAUAAUUUUUUUUUUGUUUAUUAUAUAUAUAGAAAUAUCUUAUGGGGAAGAAAUGUUUAAACAUUGAAGCAGACACAGUUGGAUCUGUUAAUGUAUAACUAGGGUUAAGGACUGUUGUUAAUUUCUCUUAAUAUAUUUUCCAAAACUACUUAUUAGCUCUAGCCUAUAAUGUUCUUUAUUUUUUAUUUCAUGCUCAAUAUUGUAUUUGUAAUAUUUGUCUGAAAAUUUUUACCGAUUUUCAACAUUUUGAGGCGCUCCAAAAGUCUGAGUAAAUUUAUUUUCGAAAAGUCUGAAGUUUAUAUAUGUAUAUAUAUACUUUUUUUUUUCUCAUAUUUAUCAGAAGUACCCUUGUAUGGGUUAUAGUAGAUUAGAAUAUUGGAUUCGAAACUUAUGGAACGUCUUAAAAGUGUAAAAAUUUAACAGUUUUUCCGUACGAUAGCGUAUCCAGAGUUGACGGAGGAGCUAGAUGCCUCGGUCAAACGAAAACCAAUUCACUUUAGCCUUUUCUUAAACACGUUCUUCCGAGUCGGAGGGGUUCGAAAAGUGCCAAAAAGCCAUGUCCAGUCUGAAUCAAACCAAAUAAGCAUUUUCGAAACCUUCGACUCGAUUUUUAUCUCUCACAGAAAUCUUGUAGACAGUUGAACACCACUGGAUACGCCCAUACGAAGGGGCCUCUUAACAUUUCUUAGUCCUUUUUUCAGAGUAGAUUUCUUUUCUUUUUUUUAUACUUGUAUCAAGGAUCCGAAACAUACAUAUCCAUCUCAAAUGUGAUAUAGUGAUUAAUAAAAAAUAAAAAAAAAUAAAUAAAAAAAAUAAGUAUUACUUCUAAAAUAACAUGGAUACAUUUCCAGCCAUUACUGAUUGUAACAUAUUGAAUAAAUGUUGUGACUAGGGCUAUCAAUAAUGUUAGAAUUGUUUACACAUAUUCUUUUUAAUUUUUUCCGAUUUUCAUAAUUUCAUUUCUCUUUUUUUUCUGUUUAUUUUAAAAAGAUAAAAAUGUAGGUUUCUAAUUGAUGCCUUUCAAUUUGUGAGCCAGGCCAUAUAUUAAUGAAACCGAUAUUUUUCUAUUUUUAAGUAUUGAGCAAGUCUCAGUCGAGUGUUCUUACAUGGCUUUAUCAAUACAAAGUAAUUACUAAAUCAAUAAAAGUGUUUUAUAUUAUUUGUUUGA